UCUGCCCGCGGCGGUGAGGCCGCUCAGCCCCUGGGUCGUGUUACACCCCUGGGGGCCGGUGCGCUUCUCGGGGCUGGUUUCCCCCGCCUGGGAGCUCGGCUCGCAGUAGGGUUGAUCCUUGCUCCCUGCGCCGGGAAGGGAGGCCGCGUGUUUGUGAACAUGCUCCCAGAGAGCCCGGGGAGUGCGGGAGACCGGCCCGGAGCGAGUUCGAGACACAGCGAGACGCAGCCGGCACCACUGUUGUUCUGCAGGAAGCUCUGUUACGCCAUAGGGGGUGCUCCAUACCAGCUGACAGGAAAUGCCCUCGGGUUCUUCCUCCAGAUCUUCCUACUGGACGUUGUGCAAUUGGAACCGUUCCAUUCCUCUCUGAUCCUUUUCCUUGGGCGAGCCUGGGAUGCAGUUACAGACCCCGCUGUCGGCUUCCUGGUCAGCAAGAGCCCCAGAAGGAAGCUUGGCAAGCUGAUCCCCUGGAUUGUCUGCUCCACGCCGUUCGGGGUGGUCUUCUACUGCAUGGUCUGGUCCACCCCCUCCGACGCCAUGCCGGUCUCCCUCAAGUUCCUUUGGUACCUGGCCAUGUACUGCUUCUUCCAGACGAGCAUGAGUUGCUAUCAUGUGCCGUAUUCCUCCCUGACCAUGUUCCUGGGAGGGAAUCCGCGAGACCGGGACUCAGCCACCGCCUACAGAAUGGGGGUGGAGGUGUUCAGCACGCUGGUCGGCUCGGGUAUCCAGGGGCAGAUAGUCGGCGGGUACCACGCCAGCAUGAUGAAAAGCUGCAGCAUGCCCAAUGGGACUCUGUACAACAGCACCUCCCCGGGGCUCACUGACACCUUGGAGAACACGCGCAGGGCGUACGUGAUCGCCUCCAUGGUCCUGGGCUCGCUCUACUGCAUGGCCUGCCUGAUUCUCUUCCUUGGAGUGAAGGAGCAGCCCGGGCCCCUCAGUCCCUUGGGAAAGACCCAGCUGCCCUUCUUUCACAGCCUGCGAAUAAUCCUGGGACACCAGCCCUAUGUCCAGCUGCUCUGUGGCUUCCUCUUCAUGUCCCUGGCCUUCCAGAUCGCUCAGGGGAUCUUUGCCUUUUUCUGCACACACGCUGCUGGGCUGGCUGGGAGGUUCCAGCACUUGGUGCUCAUCAUGCUGGUCGUGGCUUCCCUCUCCAUUCCCUUCUGGCAGUGGUUUCUGGUGCAUUUUGGGAAAAAACCAGCUGUGUUCGUGGGCCUACCAUUAAUUAUCCCUGCCCUCAUCGUUAUCACCCUAGUGAGCCACAACUUCCUGGUCUUCGUCUUCAUGGUGGUAUUAGCGGGAUGCAGCCUGGCUGUCCUCUACUUGUUACCCUGGUCCAUGCUACCGGACGCAGUGGAUGAUUUCAGGCUGAAGAAUCCGAACUGUCUAAACCUGGAAGCUUUUUUCUACUCGUUCUAUGUUUUCUUCAACAAGUUUGCAGGAGGACUCUCCUUGGGGAUAUCAACAAUGAGCCUACAUUUUGCAGGUUACAGAGCCAGUGACUGCACACACAACCCCUCUGUCAUCCUCACGCUGCGGAUACUCAUGGCCCCUGUCCCAAUAACCCUGCUGCUCAUUGCCAUGGCCAUAUUCUGCUUCUACCCCAUCGACGAGGAGAGGAGAAAACAGAUGAGGGUGGAGAUGGAGGCAGCUGGUCAUUGGGUAAAGAAUGAAAACCCAGGAUAAACUAAACCUUGUGCCAAUCUCGGGAAAUUCACUUGGAAAGAAUCCAGUAUUGCUACAUGUCCAUGAGGAUACAUCAGUGUAAUUUAAAGGCUCAGCUGCUUGUUGUUGCCGAUUUUCCCCAUCUCAAAGGACACAGCUCUGCGAGACCAGCCCUGCAGUGCUUCUGCAGGGAGGCCAGCAGAGUUGGUGGGACCCACAGCACUGCAUUCUGCAUGGCUUAGCUUUUGCUUUUCUGGCUGCUCUGGGACUCUCAAAACAGGACCAAAGGGUGGGGGAGAUAGUUUCUCUUUGGAAGAUCACGAUCAUUAGUACUGAGAGCUAAGUUUUGGGGAAAAUACAAUAUUUUUAGGAAGGGUAUUGUAUGCAUAAUAUAUUUCUAGGUCAUCAGACUGGCAAGAUGAAGUCUCCUAGAC